AUGAAAAGAAUUUCACGCAGGCAAGGGUCCUCCCGCUGGGUUAACAAAUCGUGUUCGGACACUGAGCUAGCGCAGGGCAAAGGUAAAGAGCGGAAAAGCAAAUCGAAGGAAAAAUGGCCUCUGCUGGAAGGGCUGACGGUCGACGAACUGGCUCGAUACCGAAGAAAACGUGUGCAAGGACAACCGAAAAACAAUCUCGGUGUUGAUCUUGAGGCUGAAAGCGAAACCCUCGUUUCUGAAUAUCGCGAAGCUUUCCGUGCGAGAAACGAGGAAUUCUUGAAGGAAAAUACAUGGUUGGAAAAGAACAGGCAGUCCGAACAACUUCAGUGGAAAGAAUCGAAUCGAGAAAAUCUUGACGAACAGGAGAAGAAGGAUAUGGAGCUUCCAACUACAAACAAAGAUACCACCGAGACUUUUCUAACAGAAAUUGAUAACGAUAAAAUGAUUACGUCUGAAACUGCCAACCCUAAACACGUAACUGACGCCAAUUCUUUUAAACGAUCUCCUCCGAUUAAAAGAGAUACCAGUUUAGAGUGUGACAAAGAAUUCUAUGCGGACACCGAGACCUAUUCGUCGUACGUGGCCUACGAGGGUCAGCACAGACCGAAGCUAACUCGUAGACCCACGUCUUUAAAAAUGGAGGGCGAUUUAAAUACGACCACUGAGAAAUGUGAGAGAUACAUCCAAUGGCUGAACGUUAGCCGGCCGGAACUGAUGCGUGUGCCCACACAUUUGAAGCUCGAAGGUGAAUUCAAAACUACCACGGAGAAUCAUGAUAAAUACGUACCGUUUGUAGGUGUACGAAGACCGAUAUUAUUAAGGCAGAAUACUAACUUAAAAUUAGAAGGGGAGUCGAAUUUUACACCGGAGUAUGCCGACGUGUUUAAAAGACAUGAGAGUACUAGAGAAUGUUCGCAACCAGUGAAGCCUGAUACUUAUCUGAAAACAAGAGGAUCCCUUUUUCAAAGUAACGAAAACACAGAUAACUUGUCCAAUACCUCUCGUGGCAGAGAGGCGCAAUUGAUGAACGAGUUGAAUAAAGACGUUGAAAAGGAAGAGAAAAAACAGAAAGAGCUAAAAGAGAAACAAAAGAAAGACGAGGAGAUGAAGAUAUUAGUCGGGAAGUUGGAAGAUUUGAAAGGAUCACCGCUUGGAAUUCCAGAAUACAAAGACGCAUAUAAGGAUUUCCCACGAGAGAGGCCAAAAAUCGUAAAACCAGAAGGCAAGAUUGGAAGAGCAGAUGGUUCGAAAAUAUCUUCGUCAUCUACGCCCAAAUUUUCAACUAAAAUUGAUCAAGAUCCGGAAUAUAAGUCAAAAUAUUUGGACUAUCAAAGAAAUUAUACCGUACAUCGAAAAUCACCGGAACAUGGCAUAUGUUUUACUAGACAAGAUGACAAACGACAAGGCCGUCAAUUUAUUAGUGAAGUGCGAGCACAAUAUGUUCCGUAUGGAAACAUUCCAAAGGUUAAAACCUUCAAAAUGCCGGCCAACUUACGUCUGGAAGGAAAUCUUGAUCUCGAACCAGAAUACAGAACAGCUUAUUGCGCAAAGCGUGAAAAUCAGUUGUACACAGAGCCGAAAAUACAUCAUAGGCGAGAUCAUUGUUCAAGUGUUUCCAGACGAAAAGAAAAUUAUUGGAUAAACAAUAAUAAUGCAGAGCAAUUUUAUUUCACCAAUGCUGCCAAAGAUCAAGAUGCAUUUCAAGUGUUGAACACUCAGGUUCAUGAAGAUAGUAUACAUGGAAAACCACCAACAAGUAGUCGAAGGGGCUCAAAAUCUUCCCAAACACAAGUCCAGAGACAAAAGCAAUCAGUGAUGGCAGAAUGUGAUACAUUGAAAGAUAAAUCAACUAGUCCAACUUACCGACUUCAUGUUUGUAACGUUGAUGAUGAUUCUGGAGGUUUUCGACAGAAACAGUCACCAUCACUUCAGUCUUCCAGAAGGAUACACCUUUCACCAGAUCGUGUAGUUCAUAGUGACACUAUCAGACCAUAUUCUCCCAGUUUUGGUAAAAACACAAAACAACACACCAAUGGUCAAUCAUUUGUUGUUUUAAACAAUGAAAUUUUUGACACAAGUAAAAAUGAAACGCACAGGGUACGAGUAGAUAGAAAUUAUAACAUUGAUGGUACACUUCCUACUUCUAAGGGAAAAACUAGAAUUCCAACAAACUGGAUGCCACCAUGGUAUGAUAGCACAAAUACCAUCUAA